AUGUUAUUUGAGUCACACCAAUUUGAUACAAAUACCAUGCUUAAUACCAAAGACAAGUCGGAUAAUAUGCCAGCUUCCAUGAAACAUUACUAUGAUAGCGAAGACGAUGACGAAACAUUGGCUACAGCUAUUGAUGAUUUAUCAAGUCUACUUUUAUACCCAUCGCAUCCUUUGAUCGAUACCGAACUAUUCUUAGAUCAAAUGCAAGAUCCUACAAACCCUCAUAUCUCUCAAUGUCAAAAUACUUACUUUAUGGAUGGCGGUGUGCGAUUCAUAUCUCUGCCUACAUUAGGUAGCAGUAAUACAAAAGCAACGUCACCUCUAUCUCGUAUAUUCGAAGAAUGGCUAGCAAAUAAACUCUACAGUCAUCCUAAUAAGAUGGUCAAUUUAAAUAACUAUCAGCAAGAUGACGAUAUGAUGGCGAUAGAUGAACCCGAAGAUAUUUACAAUGACCAAUUACCAAUAUUAGAAGAUAACAUUGAAUUAUUAUCCGAAGAUAUUAUAAAUAUAUUCAAAUCAAGAAAAAGAGCACUAAAAGGUCUCUCCAACAUUCUAAUCAAGAUUAGAACAGGACAUGUAUAUACCUAUCAUCAAUUGGAAAAUGGCCAACCAUUAAUAACUGAAGAUAUGGAAGACUUUUUCCAACAGUUUCCGCUCUUUGUGGAAAUCCUUAUAUACGCAACACAAGAAGAACACAUGAACAAUGAAGAAGACGAUAUUAACUUUUUACUGGUUGUUGAAAAUACCACUUUGAAUCCUGGAGAUCCUUAUAAAGCAAUGGAAAAUAUUCAAUUUUAA